AUGCUGGAGGAGGAAGCUGCGCCACGGCGCUCGGGGUCAGAGGUCACCUUCAGCCACAGUGGCACCAUUCAGCGUCCUGACGGGAGCCGUCCGAAACACAGGGGAGUGUGGGCGUGCUGGUCCAGCCCCAGCCCCAGCACGGCUCGGCGCCGCUCAGUGCUGGUGGGCCGCGGCUACACCAGCAAGGGGCCGGGCGGCAUCCCGCCCAUCACCACGCGCCGCCUGCUGCCCAGCCCGCACCACUAUCCCACCUUCUCCCACGAGGAGCUGGGCAAGCUGGUGGUGGGCACCUACUCGAGACAACAACACUUUGUGGCGGCGCUACGCCACGAGCGCCACGUCUACUUCCUGCUGUCGCGCCGCGACGUCUGGGGCUCCAAGGAGUACCGCACGUACGUGUCGCGCCUCUGCACCGACGACCCCAGCUUCUACUCCUACGUGGAGCUGCCGCUUGCCUGCGCCGGCGGCUACAACCUCGCCCAGGCCGCUGCCCUCGGCAACCGCCGCGGACGGCCCGCACUCUUUUUGUUGGCCAUGGCGGCCGGCCAGGCGUCCACGCCGACCCCCACCGCCCGCUCGGCGCUGUGCGUCUACGACAUGGAGCGCCUGGACAAGGCCCUGAAGACGGCCCAGGAGCUGUGUUACACCCAGGAGGGCCGCGGGCCCACCAACCAGGAGGAGGCCUACAUCGAGUACGAGGUGUCCUCCAAGUGCCUGCGCCUGGCCCAGUCCUCAGUGACCGAGUACCCCUGUGGGGGGGAACACACCCCCAGCCCCAUUGCCAGCGCCGUGCCCCUGGUUGCUGACCCUGCCCUGACCCGCGACACCCAACUCACUGCUGUCGCUACGGCUACCGAGGCCGGACACACCAUUGCUCUGCUCGGAGACAAGGCGGGGCACCUGCAUAAGGUGUUCCUGCAGGCAAAUGGCACGGGUACCCUUUACGACUCGGUGACUGUGGACGAGAAGAGCGCCAUCAACGCUGACCUCCUGCUGGACUCUGCUGGACAGAGCAUCUAUGUCCUGACGGAGAAAAAAGUCACCAGGCUGCCGGUGGCUCAGUGCUCCCGCCACACAGACUGCCAGUCCUGUCUGUCCGUCAGAGAUCCCUACUGCGGCUGGUGUGUGCUGGAGGGCAGGUGUUCCCGUAAGCAGGAGUGCCAGCGCCACGCCCAGUCCAACCAUUGGCUGUGGAGCUACCACCAAGGCCAGCAGUGUGUGUCCGUACAGAGUCUGGUGCCGUCCAGCCAGAGUCGAGAGGAGCAGACACAGGUGUCUUUCACUGUGGCCCAGCUCCCCAUGCUGUCAGGAGAUGAGUCGCUCGCCUGCUCUUUUGGAGGCCUUCCCUCCCAGUCUGCCGUUGUCAUGGAGAACAGGAUCACCUGUCAGUCACCCAAACCGGAGCUCCUCCCCCCAAGCCCUCCAGGCAGCGAUCACAUGGCUCUCAGAGUGUCUCUGAUGUUUGGCGAUGUGACCAUCGCGCACACAAACCUCACCUUCUAUGACUGCAGAGCCGUGGGUCGGCUCAAUGCAACCUCCCCCUGUAUGGCGUGUGUGGGAAGCAGGUGGCCGUGUCACUGGUGUGCCCUGGAUGAGGUGUGCACUCACGAAAGGAGCUGCCCACGCCAGCCUAUCAUAUACAACGCUGGGGAGAAUUCGUCUCCGCGGGGUAUGGACUCGUGUCCGUGUGUGUGGGCUCUUCAAGGCUCUUCUCUGGUGCCAGUGGGCUUUGAUAAGGAGCUCUACCUGCUGGGGAAGAACCUGGACAUGUUUGAGGACGAGGAGGAUUACGUGUGCGUGGUGGAGAUCGAGGGCAGGUCGCUGAUGCUGCCCGCCACGCUUAUUCGAGGGGAGAAGCAGAUGCACACCUUUAAGUGCUCCGCUCAGCAGUAUCAGUACUCAGUGCAGCAGUUGGAGUACUCCGCUCCUGUGUACUUGCUGAGAGGGACCAGGCGCAUUGACUCUGCACCCAACAUACGGCGUAAGAAACUGGUUGUGUUACUGGUGUUUCGUAUGGUGGCAUAUCUACUCUGUGUGUGUGUGUGUGUGUGUGUGUGUGUGUGUGGUGUGUGUGCGUGUGUGCGUGGCCAGGUUGUGAUGGGGAAGCUGGUGUUUGACCUGGGCCCGGUGCAGUACGACACAGAUGACCCGUCCCCCGUGCCCCUGGCUGCCCAGGUGGGACUGGCAGCCAGCGCUGCUGUGGUGGUGCUCAUCGUGCUGGUCAUCAUCCUCAUGUACAGGAGGAAGAGCAAGCAGGCCCUGCGAGACUACAAGAAGGUUCUGGUCCAGUUGGAGACGCUGGAGAUCAAUGUCGGCGAUCAGUGCCGGAAGGAGUUCACAGACCUGAUGACGGAGAUGAUGGACCUGAGUAGUGACGUGGGGGGACCGGGAAUCCCCCUGCUGGACUACCGCAUGUACGCCGAGCGCAUUUUCUUCCCCGGCCAGAAGGGGGCACCGCUGAGCCAGAACCUGGACCUGCCCGACUCACGGCGGCAGACGGUGGAGCAGGGCCUGGGCCAGCUCAACAACCUGCUCAACAACAGGCUCUUCCUCACCCGGUUCAUCCACACGCUGGAGGCCCAGCAGAGCUUCUCGCAGCGCGACCGCGGCUAUGUAGCCUCGCUGCUCACCAUGGCGCUGCAUGACAAGCUGGAGUACUUCACCGACGUCAUGAAGACGCUGCUCGGCGACCUGGUGCAGCAGUACGUGGACAAGAACCCCAAGCUCAUGCUGCGCAGGACGGAGACCGUGGUGGAGAAGAUGUUGACCAACUGGAUGUCCAUUUGCCUCUACUCCUUCCUCAAGGAAGUGGCCGGAGAGCCUCUCUACAUGCUGUACAGGGCCAUUAAGUACCAGGUGGACAAAGGGCCUGUGGAUGUGGUGACCGGCAAAGCCAAACGCACACUAAAUGACAGCCAUCUCCUGAGGGAGGACAUCGACUACACUUCCAUGACUCUGACAGUGAUGGUGAAGAGUGGGGUUGAGGUGCAGGCCUGCCCGGUGAAAGUGUUGGACAUCGACACCAUCACCCAGGUGAAGGACAAGAUCCUGGACCAGCUCUACAAAGGGAUGCCCUACUCACAGAGACCCCAAGCAGACUCCCUGGAUCUGGAAUGGAGGGCAGGGCAGGCAGGUCACUUGACCCUGUCAGAUGAUGACGUGACGGCCAUCAUUCAGGGCCGCUGGAAGAGAAUCAACACCCUGCAGCACUACAAGGUCCCAGAUUUAGCCACAGUAGCACUCAUCCCUCGCUCUCAGAGCUCCGUUGUCAUGGGCAUCAAUCAGGUCUACCAGACUGGGGAAAAGACUCCCAUGCUGGAGGGGGAGGAGGAGGAGGGUCAGCGGCUGUGGCACCUGGUCAAGUCCAGCGAGGACCCCGAGAUCCCCAAACACCGCAAGAGCAGCAUGAGGGAGAGAGAGAGGGCCAAAGCCAUCCCCGAGAUCUACCUCACACGCCUGCUCUCCAUGAAGGGCACCCUGCAGAAGUUUGUGGACGACGUGUUUGUGGCCAUCCUCAGCACCAAGCGGCCACCACCCAUCGCCGUCAGGUUCUUCUUCGACUUCCUGGAUGACAUGGCAGAGAAGCACGGCAUCGACGACCCAGAGACGGUUCAUAUCUGGAAAACCAACAGCCUGCCUCUGAGGUUCUGGGUAAACAUCCUGAAGAACCCGCAGUUUGUGUUUGACGUGCAGGUCACAGACAGUGUGGACGCUGUACUGUCCGUCAUCGCACAGACGUUCAUCGACUCCUGCACCACGUCCGAGCACAAAGUGGGACGGGACUCUCCAGUGAAUAAGCUCCUGUAUGCCAGGGAGAUUCCCAGGUACAAGCAGCUGGUGGAGAGGUAUUACAGUGACAUUCACAGUUCUGGGUCAGGCUGCUACCAGGAGAUGAACUCUACUCUCACUGAACUAUCAGGAAGCUUUGCGUCUGAGAUGAACAAUCUGGUGGCCCUGCAUGAGCUCUACAAGUACAUCAACAAGUACUACGACCAGAUCAUCAUGUCGCUGGAGGAGGAUGCAGCAGGACAGAAGAUGCAGUUGGCCUACCGGCUCCAGCAGGUCGCUGCACUAGUGGAGAACAAAGUCACUGACCUGUGACCACCCAGAUGACCUUUGAACCUUGACUCUUAAACUUUAAACACUCUUGUGUCUAAACUGACUAAGUGGUGGACCCGGGGUAGGACCGGGAUGGUAAAGUCUGACCAAUGAACUGCCUGUCGAGCAAAAAAAAAUCCAAUCAACGGGUGAAAGCCAGCAGUUGAACCAAAACCAAAACUCCAAGAUUCUCUCCACUUCCUGCCCAGACACGUGAGGCGCCUCUCAGCUCCAGGAUCUGUUCGGAGCAACGAGAGGGGAGGAAAAGGGAAAGAUGUGCAAAUACUGGGAAUAGCUAAAUGAAAUGGACAAGACAUGGGAGCUGUACUGGAAGGACAAGUACAAUCCCACAGAGAUGCUCUGUGCUACUCUAUCUAUGAGUGUGUCUUUGCUUUGUGUUGCUUCAUUUUAAGUGUGUGUUUUUUAUUAUCAGGAGAGUAUGUAUGUGUAAGGUGAGCUUGGCUAAUUCUUCCAUAAAUUAAUAUAUUGGAUAAAUGAAUAGUAAG